UUGUUACACUGAGCCAACCUAACGCAACUUCACUGUUUUUAUUUUAAGUACUUGACAACUUGUUCAAUGACUCUAUAAAUAACGAUACUUUGUUCAUUUUCGUCAAGUGUCUGCGAGAUAGACUUUUUGUGUUUCCUCAAAUCCGUACAUCAUUACAAAUGUGUCUCAGCCUGCUGCCAGUGUGACGAAAAUUGAAAGUUUUCCUAAUGGUCGAUUCCGGAGUGCAGCCUCCAACGGCAUCCUCGAUGAAGCAAAUAAAUAACCUGCUGGUGAAAGAAUCGUACAGUUUAAAAUUGUAUCCCGCCUCGGUGAGCGAGCUCUCGGCGAUGAUUGGCCAUGCGCGCAAAGAAUCCUUUCCGGAGUGCGCACCCUUCGCAGCCGCCCCCGGGGACGGCGAAGCGCGCGGCUUCUUCAAAAAAUCGCACACGUGCGGCAGCCUCUACGCAAAGUGCGGUUGCAACAAUGACAGCUCCGCGUUUCCUCUCGUCCAGACCUAUUCGAACCCGUCGCCCGAGCCGCCCCCCAGCCCCCCCAAGAGGGGCUCCACGCCGGUCAUAGCCUCCGUCUACCCGAAGUUGGACGCCAAACGCCUCUCCAACCCAGAAAUCAACAAUACGAGCUCGAAGCACCACAAGAACAAUAACUCCAAGACUGUGAUCAAAGCAAACGUCUACUUGAAUCAUCCAGAGAUUACUUUUCCGAUUCCUGUGGAGCUGCCCAAGGAAGCUGGAACACAAUCUGUGCCAAAUCUCGCCAAAUCGCUCCCGACCUGCAUCGACCACGCCGAAAUCAAGAAGUCUAACCUCGACUACCACAAAUACAACGCUUUGGCCUACGAAUGCAGCGCUUCUAAAGACGAAGAAGCGAAGAAGUUCCUCAGCGACUUCGGUAUCUUCGGUCCGAUGGGCAACGGAGUCACCACAGUUCUUCGCAGAAGUUCCCGAAACUCCAUCGAUGGCGACGUCAUCCAGCAAAUACGCAAGAAUUCGAAGAAUCUCGUCGACGCCAAGCGUCGCAAUUCCAGCGCACAGGAAGAGCACGAGUACUUAAAAACAGUCGUCGCGCGAUUAAAGAAGGAACUGGCGGAACAGGAUGUGAAGUAUGGAGCUCUCCAAUCGGAACUAUUCGAAACAAGAAAAGAUCUUACCUGCAAAGAGAGCGAAGUUAUCAAACUUCAAAGAGAAAUUCAUAAACUGAAGAGCGUAUUACAACAAACCACGAGUUUUAAUCAAGAUGGCGAUAUUCUCACGAGUUUGCAAGAAAAGCACGCAAUGGCAAAUAGAGUGCCUCAAAGCCAACAGUCCCUCAACAGUAGCUGCAUACUAAAGAAGCAAGGUGUAUCCGCCGAAUCCAGUGAUUCCACAGGUCAAGCCAGUGACAUAACGCUCACGAAACAUGAUAAAGACUUCAGGUCUAAACAACUUAUCAAAGACGCCAUCAUGGACAAUAACUUCUUACAAAAUUUAGAUACGUCACAAGUUAGAGAAAUAGUGGAUUGUAUGUACCUUAGAGAAUUUCCCACAGGCACUUAUGUUAUACGAGAAGGGGAAGCAGGCGCCCAUUUGUUUGUUUCUGCAGAAGGAGAUUUCGAAGUUAUGAAGGAAGACAAGGUGUUGGGUCGUAUGGGGCCAGGAAAAGCGUUCGGAGAAUUGGCGAUUUUGUAUAACUGUACUAGAACUGCUUCCAUAAGGGUGGUUGUUGACUCGAAAGUAUGGGUUUUAGACAGAAAAGUAUUUCAACAAAUUAUGGUUCGAACAGGACUGCAAAGAUUACAAGACAACAUCAAUUUUCUUAGAUCUGUACCUCUUUUGCAAAAUCUCAGUAACGAAGUUUUGGCUAAGAUCGCUGACGUUUUAGAAGUCGAAUUCUAUCCUGCUGGUGUCUACAUCAUCAGACAAGGAGCGAACGGCGAUACCUUCUUUAUAAUCAGUAGCGGAUCUGUUAAAGUUACUCAACGCAAACCAGAAUCUAUGGAAGAUGAAGAUGAAAUAAGAGUUCUGCAACGUGGUGACUAUUUUGGAGAACAAGCCUUACUAAAAGAGGACUGUAGAACUGCUAACAUUAUUGCGAUGCAUCCAGGUGUGGAAUGUCUGACUCUUGAUCGAGAGUCAUUCAAACAAUUAAUCGGAGACCUGAGUGAAAUCAAAGAAAAAGAUUACGGAGACGACCAAAGAUUAAAUAGACAGAUAAACACACACUUGGAAAAACAAGAAUACGACUAUAUUAAUUUGGACGAUUUAGAAGUGAUUGCUACGCUUGGUAUUGGAGGAUUCGGCCGAGUAGAAUUAGUUCAAUACACCAGCGAUAAAUCGCUAACUUUUGCUCUUAAGUGCCUAAAAAAACAGCACAUUGUGGAUACACAACAGCAGGACCACGUUUUCAGUGAAAGAAAUAUAAUGAUGAGUUGUCGAAAUAAAUUCAUUUGUAGAAUGUACAGAACUUUCAAAGAUUCAAAGUACGUGUACAUGCUACUAGAAGGGUGUCUUGGGGGCGAAGUUUGGACAAUUCUUCGAGACAGAGGCUGUUUUGACGAAGACACCACGAAAUUUAUUACUGGCUGUGUACUAGAAGCAUUCGAAUACUUACACAGCAGAGGCAUAAUUUAUCGUGAUUUAAAACCUGAAAAUCUUCUUUUGGAUAGAAAUGGUUACGUGAAGCUUGUAGAUUUUGGUUUUUCUAAGAGACUAGGUUACAGCAGCAAAACAUGGACGUUUUGCGGAACUCCAGAAUAUGUAGCUCCUGAAACUAUAUUAAACAAAGGACACGAUAGGUCCGUGGAUUAUUGGGCUCUUGGGAUAUUAAUGCAUGAACUGUUAACAGGAAAUCCUCCUUUUACGGCGUCUGAUCCUAUGAAAACGUAUAAUCUAAUAUUGAAAGGAAUUGAUAUGAUUGAUUUCGCUAAACACCAUAUAGGACGAUCAGCUCAAAGCCUUAUUAAAAAACUGUGCAGGGAUUCGCCUUCGGAGCGACUGGGAUAUCAGAAAGGUGGAAUUCAGGAUAUUAAAAAACACAAGUGGUUCCAAGGUUUUGACUGGGAUGGUUUAAUAACUCAGACAUUACCAUCUCCCAUUAAACAGACAGUUAGAGGACCUUGCGACACAACAAACUUUGACUGUUUUGGUAAAGAUAACGACAUUCCUCCGGAUGAACUUUCUAACUGGGAUUUGGAAUUUUGAGAAAAAAUUGUACUACGUAUUUUAUAAGUAUUUUUUAAAUGUCUCAUCAUCCGGAAAUCUCAUGUUGGUCUAGUCUAAAAUCAUCAAACAAAGAAUUCAGAAACAUAUCUGAUUACUUAAUUAAUUAUGAAUACAUUUUGUAACAGCAAAAAUAAUAUGGACAAUAAAGCUAUUUGUAUGAAACAAUAAACUUUUAAUAUCUUACCA